AUGACAGUUAAACAAAAAAGUAAGAAUACCGGGAAUGGAAAAACAGUUAUUUUUAAAAUUGAAAAUUUAGAACUUAAUAUUGCUCAAUAUAAAAAUCAUAUCGAAUAUAACGAGGAAAAUUUUCAAGCUAAUAACAUAGAACUCAAGGAAAUUAUUAUUAAAGAUAAAGAGGAAAUUAUUAAUAAAGAUAAAAAGGAACCUAUUAUUUCCGAAUAUAAAAAGGAAAAUUUCGGGGGAAUUGUUUUUUUUGUGGAUGAUGAAACCGGUUCUGAUGUAAACGAUUCUAAUGAAAAAUACACCAAAAACAAGUCUGGUGAAAACGAUUCCGAUAAACAUAAACCUGUAUGCUUUAUCUUUAAUGCAAGCGGAAUCUAUAGAAUUGAAUGUACGUUCAAUAAUAAAAGUUCAAAGAAUUUUGAGCAAUUUAAUUAUCCAAAAAUAAGUAUGAACGAAUUAAAAAAUUUAACCGAUUCUGAAUCUCGUAUACACUGUAUUAAAAACUGUAUUUUUGACAAUUAUUUUCAUGUUGAGCAAUAUAAAGAAGGUAUUCAAGUUAUGGAAUUAUACGAUCUAAGAACCAUGCAAAUACAACAAAUUUUUAAAAUAUAUGAAGGGAGAAAAUAUCCAUUUAAAUAUAGCGAUUCGACAUUAGCUAUUUCAAAUAAUAAGAAAAUGAUUGCUUUUUCUUUUGGAUAUGGAACAAUAGCUCUUUGUUUAAUAGAAAAUGGUCUGAAGAGCCAACAUGAGAAUCCAAUGAUGUAUAUUUGGCAUUUAUAUACAAAUAAAAUUAAAAAAUGUAGUGAACGUUUCCCGGGAAAAGAAAUCUCGGUAGAAGAUAAUGAAAAAGUUUUUUAUAGUGCAAAGGUUCCUGAUAAAUAUGUAAUUGUUGAUAAAGAGGAUGUUGUAAUUUCAGUAUAUGAUCAUUUCGAAGAAAAAGAUAAAGAAAAGUCUUUAUUAGAAUUAAUAUUAUACAAAGAUCAAGAAGUGCAACGCAUCAUAUAUAAUAGAGAAACAUGGAAAAAUAAUGAUAAAAUACUAGUAUAUGAAAAAGAACAACUUUCAAAAGAUGAAGAGCAACUUCAAGUAUGGCGUAAAGAUGAGCAAAAAAAAAAGUUUGUUCUUGAAUAUAUUUGGGCUCAUGAUAUUAAAGAUGAUAAAAUGUUAGAUAUAGAAGAUUUAAUAGUUUAUGAAGAUAAAAUUGGAUUUUCUCUUAAAUUAGAAAAUAUUCAUCUUGAAUGGGUAUAUAAUGAUUAUAAUUUUCAUAAGGAUUUAAUGGUGUACGCAUGCUAUGCUCUUGAAUAUUUAAAACAAAGAAAUAAAAUAUCCGGAUAUAAAAACCAGCUUGCAUAUGAAGAAGUUAAGGACAAUGUUUCUGAUAUGAUUGAGAGAUUUAUUAGAAAUUCUCCUGACAUUUGA